AACAUCGACUAAUGGUAUACAUCACUAGUACAUUUCGCGAAGAGGCUCAGUUGUAACUCUGUAACAGUGGUGUUUGGGUGUGUGCACGGAUAUCAGACAUCAUGGCAACCAGAGACGCGGGACCAGCAAUCUGCAACGGCUGCAACGCCCAAAUCCAAGGCAGAAUAGUGACAGCACUGAACAAGAAAUGGCACCCCGAGCACUUCACGUGCAAGAGCUGCCGGAAGCCCAUCGACGGCGCCAAGUUCCACCAGCACGACGGCUUCGUCCACUGCGUGCCGUGCUACGCUCAGUACUACAGCCCAAGGUGCCACGGCUGCGGGGACCCCAUCACUGAUCGCGUGAUCCAAGCUUUGGGAGUGUCGUGGCACGCGCACCACUUCGUGUGCGGCGGCUGCAAGAAGGAGCUGGGAGGUGGUGGCUUCAUGGAGCAGGCCGGUCGUCCGUACUGCUCUGUGUGCUACGCGGAGAAGUUCGCGGCGCGGUGCGCGGGCUGCGGCCGGCCCAUCGUCGACAAGGCGAUCAUAGCGCUAGACGCCAAGUGGCAUCGCGAGUGCUUCACUUGCAAGCAACUGGCAACUUCAUUAAAGCAUUAGAAUUUGAGCUCUGCAGAAACCCAGUAACAGACCCGACGUUCUCCGUAAUGGACAACCAGCCCAUCUGCGGCAAAUGCGCCUAACUUCACACCGUUCACCGCUCAACACCACGAACUUCGCACAAAACUAUUUAUUUAUAUCGGCCGAACACUGAAACGCUGCUCAAGUUAAAGGUUUAAGUGUCAUCAACACAAUUAAUUAUAUAAUAUUUGACACAAAAACGCAACUUAAACUAAGUGGCACUUACCCAUAUUCUGCCAGGCAAAAAAGUCUCUGAGGUUAUUUGACUGAGGUUCAUCUUAACGCUUUUGAUUGCCUAACGUCAAAAUAACCAAUCAAUAACCCUCUUGAAUAGAUAAAUGAAGGAAAAAAACGAAACAAGGCAAAAGAGAUUUAAAGGUGCAAUUUAAAGUAGCGUUUCAGUCUUCGGCUCCUACUAUUAUUUAAGUAAGAAUAAGAACUUGGUUACAGGAGUUAAACUCUCUUUUUGUCAAUUAAUGUAGUCAAGUAUGAGAUAUUUUUAUAUGAGGGUACUUUUUAAAGUCGACAGAGUCGAAAACCUUUUUUUUAAAGAGAUAAUACAUGUAUUUUCUUUGAACAGAUAAUUCAUGGUAAAGUUUUACAAGAUAUAAUUCAUUCCUCACUCUCUAGCAACGCCACCUUGUCAUAUACUUGAUGUCGACAAAGAGAUUUUUAUUAUUAAUCGUUAUUUAUUACAAAGUCAUAUGUUAAGUUAGGCGAACGCUUCACGCUUGGCUUCGAUACUUGUUAUUUAAGCUAUAUUUAAAUGCUUCUGCGAUAUUUUUCUAAAUAAACCAGUUUGUUGA